AUGGGCAUUUUCAGCCUCCUUUUUGUUAUCCUGACCGCAUUGGUCUCUAUUGCUGUUGGUCAGGAUCACUUUCUUCCCUCAAAGAAUGCUGUUCUAUCUGUGGAGGUACUUCCUUCGCUUCCAUUGCUGCCGUCCUCUUUCAACCCUGUACCAACAACAGUCGUGACGGUGGAUUGUCUCUUCUGUUCUAUCACUAACGACGAAGAGCCUGCUUCUGUUACCGUGGAGCCUGCUACUGUUACGGAAAUAGACAGAACUACUGAUGUUGUUCAUGUAUCUCUGAGCACUACAUUCGGAGCGGCCUCAGAGACGAUAAUCUGCGCACCGCAAUGUCAAACACUCGCAACUGUGCCUUGGCAGAGUGGUGAAUCCAAGGCCGCUCCAGUCGCUCCGUAUCCAGUGUUGACCUCCUGCAUCACGAUUUACAAUACGCCUAUCCCUUCGUCGGACACACGGACUCCGCCCACGCCCUCACCCUUUCUGUCGAAAUCAUCAACAUCUUCUUCGUGCUCUACUACAUCGACAAACAUAUCCCCUUGGACGUGGCCUCAACCUGAGACUUCCGUCUCGACCGGGUUGGCUUCGAGUGAACUUGGGACACCUCCAUGGACUUCAGCUGAGACAGAGGUGGCAACAUCAAUUCAUAUCUCAACAUGGAGCGAUACAGUAGUAUAUCCAAGUGUAACAAGACAUCAUGGAAUAUGGUCGUUCGAAUCGGCAGAAUCGCUUUCAACAAGUCUCCCAGCAGCAUCGACACCAACCGAAGAAGUCUCCGUAUCAGAGCCAUGUACAACGGAGAUCACUGUGACGAUGACCACAACCAUCGUUGAGACAUGGCAGUCCAAGACACCUCAAACAGUAACGCUGCUUCGUACGAUAACAACUACUAUCGAGACAGUUGUGGUGGAAGCGUAUUCUACGUCGACAGGAGAGAUAGCGGUUGGAGGCACGACGACGGAGACAACUACAGUCGAGGCUGUCAGUUCGGGAGUGGAAUGUUCGGAGGUUGGAAAGUGCUGUGGUGGCUGUUCAGUCACAGCAGAAUCUGUCAGUGUCGAAACGGCUUCUUCUACAGUCGUGCAAACAUACACAACUGUGCAAGAGUAUGUGUCGUCUGAAGGAGGCUCCUGGGUACCAGCUGAGUCUGCCUCGGGGACUAUAAUUCCUGGCACUGAAGACUCAACUGUCACUGCGUCAGAGACACUCACGGAGACAGCAACCGUAUCUGGAUCAGACUGGGAGUCGGAGACAGCCGGUCCAACGUCUAUUCAAACUGCGGAAGCCGCCCAUGUCAAGGCAGCUGUCGGAAUAGGGGCUAUUUUUGGUCUAAUGGGUUUGUUGGCCUAG